AUACGUGUCAAAAUUGAAGGUCUAAUACUUUUCUUUAUAAAAAGCCAUUGACUAUUUUAUAUGACAUGAAUAUUUUCUCCAUUAAAUAAUCGGACAAAAUGAUGUAUUUGUGUCAAUAUCUGGUGGUCAUAUUAUUGACCACAACAUGGAUACCUGUCCACUCGCUGCAACUAAGAGGUGUGACAAGAGUGAGCCCACCAUUUGUCACAAAGACGGGGAGUAGUAACCAAUUCGAGGGCUACGCCAUAGAUCUACUGAACGAGUUAUCACGAGUCGUGCCAUUCAACUACACUCUGUAUCCCACUCCCGAUGGCAUGUAUGGUAGACCCGACGAAAGUGGCAGAUCAUCCGGAAUGGUACAGGAAUUACUUUUGCGGAGGGCGGACUUCGCGAUCACAGACUUGACGAUAACCAGAAUCCGCUCGCGAUAUAUGGAUUUCAGUGAACCCUUUAUGAGGGGCAACUUGACGGCACUGAUCCAUAGGAGAAAUGUGCGAAAUAUGACCACAUUUGCCGAUCUGGUCAACAACACCUUGGUUACCUAUGGUUUACAGCGAGAAGGGGAGUCGUUUGGGUCGCAAGAGCGUGAGCCUAUAGACCCCAUCAUCAGGUCUAUGGGACAACAUAUAGCACAACACAAUGGCAGUACUCUCGUCAAAGAGGAACAAGAGGGGGUCGAUAGGGCUCUCAGUAGUAACUAUGCGUUCAUUCAGGCCGAGGCGGCCAAUGAGUACCAAAUGGGAUCUAACUGUGAUCUCACAGUCAUUCACCACAAACAGGAGUACUAUCCCAUAGAGUAUGCGAUUGGACUGCAAAAGGGGUCGCCGUAUAAGAUGGACAUCGAUAGAGCCAUAAGACAACUGAAAAAUGAUGGCACAGUCGACAGACUGAAGAGAAAGUACUGGCGAACAAAGUGUCUGAAAGACUCGGAUGUGGUGUCAGGUGCCGUCAAAUUAGGUGCCAUUAGUUCACUGUGCCUUAUACUGUCGGCUCUGAUCUCAUAUGUUAACAUAAAUAUCAAUUGAUAUGAAUU